GUUGAUCUCCAAGAAUACGCCUCACUUCCUCUAGCUGACCCUAAAUGCUUCGCACCUGCCAGGAUAGACAUGGUGGUUGGUAGCGACAUUCUCCCCAAAAUACUAAUUCCAGGUCUUAAAACCAACGUUGGCGGUAGCUUAAUAGCCCAAAACUCCAUCUUUGGGUGGAUAUUAAGCGGCCCAGUUGCGGAACAAAUCUCAACAUUUUCCACCCAAGUAGUUGAAGGCUCAGAAGAUUCGCUAGGUGAUCUACUCAAACGAUUUUGGGACGAUGAUGAAUUUUGCGAGGAGCUCUACAAAAAUACUACCUAUCGGAGAGAAGACGGCCGCUACGUAGUAAAACUCCCAUUGAAGUCAACAUUUCCCGACUCAACCGCACUAGGGCACUCCAGACCCGCAGCUCAGCAGCAAUACCUCAGCAUUGAGCGGGGCAUCGAGAAGAAAGCGGAACUCCAAACCACAUAUUCAAAGGUCCUCGAAGAAUAUUUAACUCUAGACCACAUGGAGCCCACAAAGUCACGCGAAAUCAUACGUGAUGGUAAAUAUUUCUCAUUUUACCUGCCACAUCACGCUGUGAUUAAACCUGAUAGUAAAACUACUAAAGUCCGAGUAGUUUUUAAUGCGUCAAAACUCUCUCACUCCGGCCUCUCACUUAAUGACGUACUGCACACAGGUCCCGUUCUCCAAAAUGUCCUAAUGCCUAUAAUUCUCAAAUGA